AUGAAGAAAUUGGAGGACACGUUCGAGGAAGGAAAGAAAGAAAACAAGCUGAAGAUCGAACAACUGAACAAUAUCAAUGAUAAAUUAGAAAAUCGUAUCAAGGAGUUAGAGAAGAUAUUGAAUACAACACAGGCUCGAGAGAAACAGGACAUCGAUGGAUUUGAAAAACUUGAAACAGGAAAGCAAUAUCCUACUUCUAACAUGUCCAUGCAAACUGAAGGUUAUCAACAAACAAAAAGGGACGAAAACCAAGCCAAGCAACCUGAAGCUGAUGAUCACCUUAUCCGGUUAAGUAAACUGCCAGGAGAUAAGCUUACAGAUAACAAUACAGCUAUAACCGACCUUAGUGAUGGUAACAGACCUACUAAGCUCGGAGUGUUAUAUAGUGAACUCUAUGACAAUGAAUGGACAGACGCGUAUGAUGCAUUGUUAAAGGCUGGAUACACCGAUGAUGAGACAAUUACGAUCCUUAAUCUCACAUUAAAACACGUGAUGACGUAUUGUGAAGCUAACGCAGACAAACUUGUCAUAGGAUUACUUGAUACCAUUAACAACUUGUUUGAAGAAAACGACAGUUUUUUCCUGAAGAUACAUUCUUUCGGAGCAUGUCAACCAUAUAACGUGUGUGAAAUAUGGUCGCCUAAAGUCAGUAAUGAAAAAAGAUCAGAGAUUAAAAACCCUAAACAGGUAACUACAGAAGAAAAUGCAACAGUUGAUAUAAGAGAUACAGUCAGAAGGUUCACAAAGGAGAUAUCAGUCGAAAUUGUUCCACUCGUAAAGAUGGGGUAUUUGAAAGCGACCAACUGGAAUGAUAAUUGUAUAGAAGAUCUUAAACCUUUCAUUUUAAAAUGUGUUUACCUCUGUUGGAAGAUGACUGUUCAAUCCCCAAGAAUGGUUCUGCACGAACUUCCAACUGAAAGAUCAGAUGUGCCGUUUGAUAAAUGCUAUAUAAAGAAUAUAUUACAUCCGGGCCAGUAGUAAAAUACGUCGUUUUGCCAGCGCUUCUUUUACAGGAAGGUGGUCCUCUUGUCUGUAAGGGCGCAGCUGAAGGGAUGCAACCUCUAUCAAGAGAAUGUUAUGCAUAACAUUCGUACAUACAAGAACAUUUCAUUUCCAGGUAUAAGGAUAUGUUUUAGGUGCUAGGGUCGUGAGUGAUGUUGUACGUUUUCAUUAUCCCUCAUGUUUAGACUCAAUCGAACCGAGUUUGCAAUUUUCAUGUAAUUUCGUUAUGAUUGAUGAUUAUUUAAUAAUUAAUAAUAAUAUUUAUGAUAAUAUUUGGCAAAUAUUAUGAAGCAUUCGUUUGACAAAUUGUAUAAUGUGAAUAUGCAAUUAUUAUUUUAAUAAAUUAUAGAUAUCCUGUCAAGUACACAUUGUUCAUUGGAUAUUUUUUUCCAUAAGAAACAAUAAAGUACGAUGUUUGCAAUUUCACGCAUUGUGUGUAGUUGUUUACUUGUUUACACCCACUAGACCACCAUUAGCAGGAAAACGUGACUGUUUACGUAGUAAUGAGAUCUGUAAAAUGACUUAAAAAUCCUCUUACAAAGAAAACAAAUUUAAUGUG